GAAGGCGUGGAGGAGGAGGGAGUAGCAGGGAGCAGCAACAGCAGCGGCCGGGCUGCUGGCUGGGUGGACGGACGGACGGACGGGCGAGCGCUGCACUGACGUUGACGCUGAAUGAGCUCGUCUCUGCUUCCCGAAUGUCUUCGCGAAGUUAAACGGGGGGAAGAAAGGAAAGUUUAAAGAAGGACCGGUUGGUGGGUUAGCCGCCCGUGUGUGUGCGCCUUUCCGGCCGGAUCCAUGGACAUUGAUGGUUGGUAACUUGUUGCAGCCGGAGCGUUGGUGUUAAAGCGAGAGAGGGAGAGACGGGCAGAGAGAGAGAGGCGCCAUUUUGUUCCCGUUUAAAAAGAACUCUCAUCGCCCCAAUUAUUAGCAGCUAGAGCGAGGGAGCGACAGAUUAUGGCAAAGAAAACCUACGACUUGCUCUUCAAGCUGCUGCUGAUCGGAGAUUCGGGCGUGGGCAAAACCUGCGUGCUUUUCAGAUUCUCAGACGACGCCUUUAACACCACUUUUAUCUCUACUAUAGGAAUUGAUUUUAAAAUCAAAACAGUGGAACUACAUGGAAAAAAGAUCAAAUUGCAGAUAUGGGAUACAGCAGGACAGGAACGGUUUCACACCAUCACCACCUCCUAUUACAGAGGAGCAAUGGGAAUCAUGCUCGUCUACGACAUCACAAAUGCCAAAAGCUUUGAAAACAUCAGCAAAUGGCUAAGGAACAUAGAUGAACAUGCAAAUGAAGAUGUAGAGAGGAUGUUACUAGGCAACAAAUGUGACAUGGAAGACAAACGAGUGGUGCCGAAAACUAAAGGAGAACAGAUUGCCAGAGAACAUGCAAUUAGGUUUUUUGAGACCAGUGCAAAAGCGAAUAUCAACAUUGAGAAAGCAUUCCUCACAUUAGCAGAAGACAUACUUCAAAAGACUCCUGUAAAGGAACCUGACAGGGAAAAUGUAGAUAUCAGCACUACAGGUGGUGGAACAGGAUUGAAGAAAUGCUGUAGCUGAGCGAUCCCUGUGGAAAUUUACUUCUGCAUUCUGUCUGAAAUGUCCUUUCCCAUUAAAACAAAAUUCUCAUUAACCUUAGUUCUUGCAUCUUGCCUGCUUCAAAAACACGACUUUGAAAACCUGUAUAGAAUCAUGUCUGUGACUCAUUGUCUCAUUUUAAAUGUGUGUGCUCAACUCACUACAUUUGGUUGUAUUAUAGUUAAAUUCAUUUUCAAAAUAACAAUGGUUUCAACUCAUCAAAUUGUAUAAGAAUAAAAGUUAGAAUUAACAAUUUUUGUACAACAGUGGGAUUUUCUCUUAUGUAUAAUGUACUUUUUAAUUUGUACAUUUGUGCAAAAAACUGAAAUUCAAGAUACUUGUAGACUGCUUUCCUUAUAGAUGGGAUUUGAUUUUGUCUUGUGCCUUAUUUGAAAACUGGCGUAAAGAGAACGACUGCUGAGGCAGAAGACCGGUUCUCACUUGGCUGUUUUGCUAUAUAUUUCAGUACAAACCCAUUAUAGCUGCCAAUUCCAAACUUUUUUUGGUGUUGAACUACAGUAUUUCUUGAACAAUAUUUCCUGUUUAUGCAGAUACUUGGUUUUUACCCUAAUCUAUCGAGGGGGGAAAUUAAUGCACGUCAUGCUCCAUUCUUUGUGACGUGUUUCUUCUGUAAUCGUGUAGUUUUCUGUAAUGGGCCACCAAAGAAAGCUUUAGGAUAUUUGCUUUCUGAUAAUAAGGCAUCAGACAACAUGUUCAUGAGCUAGCAGUUCUGCUGCCUGAAACAUGUUCUUGCCAAUAUCAGGACUCUACAUUUACUAAGCAAUCCAGGUGUCUUGUGAUUGGUCUUUUGGAAUCAUUGCUUUCUCAACAAAUUGUUUUGUUCAGUUUAAUGACAAGCAGCUUUCAAGUUGCGAAACAGGUUGUUUUCCUGUCACUUUAAAGUCAUUCUAUGUUCUCCCAGAUGUCCCUUUCAAUUUCUCAUUUGGUGGUGGGUUCUGAAGAGACUUGGGAAUAUUGAAAUAAGUGUAAUAUAUUUCAGUAUACUCUAAUACUUUUAAAGUCUAAAGUCUGCUUCCUAUUAAAAUGGAUGAGCAAGUAUGUGUCUUGGGAUUAUGAUUUUUAAAAAUGAGUGAAAUAAUACUUCAGGCUUACUGGACUGGCCAAUGCAUUUCAACGGGGGGGGGGGGGGGGGGGGGGGUGAUUAUACUGAAAUGGUUAUGUUCCUUACAUUUAGCACACCCCUUUAGUUGUGCAAAUGCUUUCACCCUUUUUAUCCUGCACUGAACAUAAGGGAAUAUACAAAGUAACCAAUGUAAUCAGUUUUUGUUUACACUGAUGGGCUCUUGCCUAAUAUAGUGGUGCUUAGCCUUUAUGUACAGUUCUUUGCGAUCAUUUGUAAGCCUUGUAACAAACAACACAAUUGAAUAAAUCUCAUUAGCAGUCCAAUCCAGCACUGGAGAUUGUAGUUUAAUACAUAAUAUAGCUAAAACUGUCAUUUUUUUGAUGUUUACUGUUACAUUAUUGAAUCUUGGGAAAGUAGAGUAUUGUGAGCUUGCGUAUUUACCUAUAUUAUGCUGGUAAGUCAAAAAAUUAAAGGCUUUGAAUUAAAA